GCGGUAAAACGUAAAUAACCCAACUUAAGGGGUAUUCUCCCAAUAGAUCCAUUUUGCUUUUUCUUUUAUGUUUUAUUAUAUUCUUGGAAAUAUACCACUAGGGAACCCGAACUAUGAAGAAUGUGUCAUUUGUGUCCUAAACUAUCCAAUAUGACAUUUGUAUCCUAAACUAUAAUUUGUUAGAAUUGACCGACGUUGACCGUUAGUUUAUAAUAGAAAGUCUAGUCAGCGCUGAUGUGGCAUCUAAAGUGGAAUUUAUAAUUAUUUUCCAUGUAAGAGAAGAAAAUGAAAAAAAAUACAAAAAUAAAAAGAAAAAACAUAAACUAAUCGAUUUGGGGAUUUCCCGUACCCUCUCCCGUCUCCCAACCUCUGUCGUUGAUUGUAAAUCGUGCCUCCGGAGAAAUUCCCAUCGUAGAGUGCGGCGCCUCACUAGCGGAGAUUGCGGCCACUCUGGUAUGGGCCGCAGACUCUGAUGAUGGUGAUGGUGGGCUUCGAGGGUUGGAGACGGAGACGGAGUAGGAAGCAAGGAGGCGGCAGAAGCGACCGAGCAUGUCGGAGGCUUAUGGGUUCUUGGUGGGGAGCUGGGCAGCGAUGUCUGUGGGGGAAAGGCAAGCCCCGAGGCCGGAUUGGGCAAUGAUCUCGAGGAGGUCGAGCUCGAGCACCGAUUUGAGCACCAUGGGCAGGACAGAGGCACUGGCCAGCUGCCUUGCGAACAGGUUGGCUUCCUCGUCAGAGACCUGGGUUGGUGUCAUCUUCCAUUCUUCGAUUGACAGCGGCGACGAGGAUUAAUUGUUUGAGAGCAGCCAUUGUUUGACAACAACGAAGAGAGCAUCCAUUCACUCCAGGGAUUUAUGGACAGCUACGGGGAUUUUCGAUUGUUUUGGGUUUUAUUUGAAUUUUGGAUGAUUAAUAUGGGUGAGUUUAUAUUUUUCUGAUUUUAAUAUUUUCAAUUUUAGUAUUUAUUUAAUUUUGAAUUAAAAAUAUGAGGUGUCAAUGAUAUGACAUCUAUGUGGCUGCCACGUGUUUACCACGUGAGCAAAAGUCAACAUCAAGUUUACCUCAUCGAGAAGUGUCCUAAAAAUUGACAUCAUGAAGGCUUUUGAUUCGGUAAAUUGGUCUUUUCUGUUUAAAAUGCUCUUAGCUAUGAGAUUUCCAGAAUCUUUUGUUUGGCCAAUAGAGGCUUGUCUUACAACCCCCAAGCUCAGUGUCUCUUUUAGUGGAGGUCUGUGUGGUUAUUUCUCUACUGGAAAGGGUCUCAGACAAGGAGACCCCCUCUCUCCUUGUUCACUGUGGCAAUGGAGUACUUUUCUUGUUUAAUUCACAAGGCAGCUAUAGACAAUCAAGUCCCCUACCAUCCCCGUUGUAAAGAUUAGAGAUUACAUAUUUGUGCUUCGCAGAUGAUCUCUUAGUGUUUACAAAUGGAUCAAUUCUAGGGGUGGCUGGUAUACAAAGAGUGCUAGCACAGUUUUAUGUUAAAUAUGGCCUUCGUUGUAACCCUGCAAAAUGCCAACUGUUUUGCUGUGGAAUUCCUUAUGGAGAAAAACAAUGGAUCUCUUCUUUUACUAGAUUCCCUCUGGGAUGCUUGCGUGUUUGUUAGCUAGGUGUGCCAUUAAUCUCAAGUAAGCUUUCUUCUGUUGUUUGCUCAGUGCUUGUUGAUAGAGUUACACAAAGAAUUAGAACCGGGCAUGCAAAGAAGCUAAGUUAUGCUGGUAGGCUACAACUGGUUUCUUCUGUUAUUACAAGUAUUAUGGUUGGAUGGCUUUAUUCGUACUACCACAAAGAAUUCUGAAAGACAUUGAGAAGAUAUUUAACCAAUUCUUGUGGGGUGUUGGUGGCUCGAGUAUGAGGAAGAAAUCUCUAGUGGCAUGGUCCUUUGUGGCUCUGCCAAAAGUUGAAGGAGGAUUGGGGAUAAGGGAUUUUAAAAAGUGGAACCAUGCAUGUGUAGUCACUACAACAAAUUUGGUCUAGUAUGACAAUUAUUUUAUUUUGUCAUUUAUCUUUUGUCACAAAUUUGGUCUAGUAUGACAAUUAUUACCAUAUAUGACAAAUAGAACCAUUGUCAAAUUUGCCAUAUCUUUUGUGACAAAUUAUUCUUUUGUCAUUUACAUGCGUCACAUUAACAUUCUAUUGUGAUGAAAAUCUUUUUGUCAUUGGUAAUUUGUCAUAAAAAUCUCGAUGGGAUGACAAUAGAACAAUAUAAUCUGACAACAUUUAUUGUCGUAUUUUAUGUUGUCACAUUACAUAGCAUACGAUGUUUCGUGUGACAAGUCUUGUUGUCUUAAUAGUGUGUUGAUGAGGAGGCUUUUUGGCGGGAGGUUUUGGGGGGAAAUGUGGGUUGUAUGAUGUGACAAAUUAGGUGUUUGUCAUAAUGUCGAUAGUUUUUGUGACAAGUUGUUUUUGUCAUAAUGUCUAACAUCAAUUGUAGAGGAGAUGAUAUAAUAUGACAAAGCAUGAUGAGUCAUAUUAUGUUUAUUGAUAAUAUCAAUUUGGCAGGAACAGGGGAAAUGAAAUUAUUAAAUGAAAAAUGAUUAAUAUGACAAAAUAUAUUAUCAAAUUACCUAUUCACAAGAGUUAAUAUGAAGAGUAUAUUAUAUCAUUAAAAUGAUAGUAUGCGAAUUUGUCACAAUAUGAAUUUGUUAAUGGCGGGAAACUAAUGGAGGGAAGAAUGAAAUGUCUAAAAUGAC